AUGAGUUCCUAUACGGAUCGACGUGACUACACGUCGGGUGGUCAUCGUGGAGGUGGCGGGGGAUACCGCGGUUCUGGUGGAUACGGGGGCGGUGGUGCACGGGGUGGAGGACGCGGUGGUGGGUAUCGCGGAGGACGGGGUGGAUAUCACCGUGGAGGACGUCAGGCCCAUACCGGAACAUCUCCCUACUCGCGUCACAGUGGCGGGACUACGAACGGUGGACCCCGACGCUCCGGAAAUCGUUUCGCCGUGGAAUCCACGCGGCGAGAUCCUCAGCAAGAACUCUUACGCAAUCUACUCGUCCUUUUGCAUCAAGUAGGAGAUCUGCAGUCCACGAAUCGCAACAACAACAACAACAACAACAGUAACAGUAACGACAAUACCUCCCCGGUGCGUACAAUAGUCACAACGCAGAAGCAAAACAUUCAAGGAUUGACGCAAGUCUUGUGUGGCAACAAUCCCGAACUCUUUCUCCAACACGAGGCCGAAGACAGUCCCGCAAACAUUCAGUACGCGGAGCAAUUGGCCGGACCGUUGGCGGCGGGAUUGGUCCACGCUAUUAUGGCGGCGCCACUGCAAACACCCUGCUACGUGGGGUUGACUCUGGCGGUUCACGUCACGGCGCACGCCCGGGACGCAACCUUGUUUGGUGGAUUCGCAUCCCGCUGUGUCCGCUACGCCACCAGGGCCAUGGCCCGUGAUCUCGACGCUCUGCUGCUAGAUUCGGACCCGAAUAGCAGUACUAGUAGCACUACUCAUAGCGGUAUUGGAGACAGUGGCAGCGGUAGUACUACUACUCGACAGUCCCGCGUCCCAUCCCAUCGAUUGGUGGUUCGGGUGCGUAUGUUGCUCCGCUACCUGGUUCUACUGGCACGCGCGGGUAUUCUGCAACUCGACCACGAUACCGCAUACGCCGUCACGGGCCCCGCACACUCCAACCCGGUCAGUGUCUUGGGGCUGUUACAAACAAUGGUACAGGCGGCACGGCAAGCCAAGGAGCGUGACGGCAACCAGUCCGUGGCCGUAGUCUUGGCGUCGCUCGUGUUGAGUACGGUACCCUACCUGGCGACCCUUCUUCCUUCCGAGACGGUCCGCCAGACUUUGGUCCAACCAUUGGAAGCAAGCGUCCAAUCAUACCGGUCCACGUUUGCACCAGGCUUUGGUUGUACCGCAAUUCUUCUUCGAGAGGAACAAAUUGAGGAUAUUGGGGCUUCCAUUGAAGAAGAAGACGACGAAGAGGAGGAUGACGACGAAGAAGAAGAGGGGUCGGGACAAGUGUGCGACAACUUUCAAGACCUGAUGCGGACCGUACAGUACUGGGUAAAGCAAGAGGACACUACCGUUGCGUCACGCCUGGCUCUCUUUCGCGACGCUCCGUGGGAAGGCUUGGAGGCAAAAGUCUCCUCGCUUACUUCCACAACCUUGGACGCCAGCGAGAUUGAGGAAUCCGCUCACACUCCGUUAGUCUAUACGGAGACGCCCUUGACCAUUCCAAUAUUCACGGAUUGCCAGUCCCUGUCGGCUUUGGUGGGUGGUCUUCACUCGGCGCCCGAGGACGACAGUCUGUUCUGGGCCGAAAUUGAUCUCGACGGAAUUUUUGUGGGUCGCUUGCCCAUUUUCGGACCUCCUCCCGAAGUUGCGGACAAUGACGACGACGAAGACGACGACCAAGACAUGGAGGCAGCAGCACCGGUUAACGAACGUCUACAAGCGUAUCGCUCCGGAUACGGCAUGGUGGAUCGCUACUUUAUACACGAAGCCAUCCGCGAUUGCUUGACUAGCCACGAAAGUUACGUGACGGAUACCGGUGUCGAAAUUGGCAACGCCAAGACGGCUGCGGAGCAGGUGUGGUCUAUCAUUCAAAUGGUGACGGGUGACAGCACCAACGGGUUGGAAUAUGCAGUUCUGGAAGCGAUCUUUUCCUUAAUUGUACAAUCAAAUGCGGUCUCAUCGUUCCGUUUUGUAUACCUUUCGCGUGUGUUAUUGGAACUAACGAGGCUGGAACCCGCCAUCAUGUCGCCCGCCAUUGCCAUUGCGGUCUCGACUUUAUUUCAGGACUACAUGCCAACUCUGGUCCCCAUGGCACGAUACAAUCUGAGUCGAUGGUUCGCCUUUCACUUGGUUAACACCGAUUACCAGUGGCCCGCAGCGUACUGGAAACAUUGGGAACCCUUUGUGCAGUACGGUUGGAAGAAUAGUCGCGGAGCUUUUGUGAAGGGUGCACUGGCAAUUCUGCUGGAAAACGAAAGCGAUGCGGGUAUGUUGGUGAAGGAAUGCCUGCCCAAGAACAGCCUUUUGGUCGACCAUUUACUUCCCGGGCUCACGACGUCGGCUUUACCAGACGACAGCGCUUUGGCGUCCUUUGCAAAGGAUGUCUCUUCACGUAUAUGGGAUAAUCGCGAGGACGAACAUUCGCUGUUGCAAUAUAUUGUAGGGGACGAACUCUCCGAAAGUGUGACGACCGACUUGGCUGGUCUGCCCGUAGGAGAGAGGACGUGGUGGCGGACACAUGCCGUAGCUCGAGCUUUGCUGUCGGUGACCAAGCAAGAGCACACGUAUUUGGCCCUAUCUAUCGCACAAGAGCGUACCGCCAACGAGGACGCAAUGGAUGCGACCAUUGAAGCACCUGCAGACAUUUUGUCCUUGCUGCUAGAUGCAUUGGUGCAGUACACGCCACUCCUGCUGGGAGUUCUCGCCAAAGAUCUCGACGGUCAAGCGAGCGCGGAUGCUGCUCCGGUUCAGGGCGAGUUACAUGUCCUCCAAGAAAUAUCGAAUCAUGUAUUGUAUUCUCGUACCACACUGGAUGCAGUUGUGAGUUCCCUGCUUCACCACAAGGUUGUUUCACCCGAUGCCGUAGUUCGCUGGUCCUUGGGCGAUAUGGGACAGGAGACUCCCGGGGUCUUGGCAAUUCACUGGUGGGAUAUGUCAACUAUGGCAAUACACUACGGGCUCACCAAUCUGUUUGCGGUGACACCUGCUUCAAACCAGGGCGAGAUGCAAGUCGAAGACAAUCAAGACGAAAGCCCGACCAUGAAAAAUGCACGUUUGUUUCUGGAGCCGAUCAUCGAGUUGAUCUGGUUGAAGGCUUCAAGUGUUUGGUUCGGCAAACAAAAAGCCGCCGACGCCGCCAUCGCCUUUGCCGUUGCGUCUCUCCCCGAACUCCUCCGCUCAUCGUCUAAGCACAGCGCUACAAAAGUUUUCGAACUCUGCAAGCGCCUCUCCGAACGCAAAGCCACCGCUUCAAAAUUCAAAGAUGACUCCUCCCUUCCGAAAUCGGUGCGGAUCCGACCGUCUCCGCACGGUUCGCGGGCAGCCAUGAAGACCGCGGAAUUUACUGAAGCUGCUCAAAGUAUUCAAGAACUUCACCGGACUUACCGCCUUGGGAUGAAAGCUCAAUUCUUGAAACUUGUCAAUCUUGAAGUCAAGGUUCUCCGUGACGAACUGUCAACCCUUUUUGCCUAG